GCGAUCGAAAUUGCCCGGCCAAAAGAAAACCACGCGAGCGCCCUUUUAAGUGUAUUUUUUAUUUCAAAACGAAAGUGGAUUUAUAAGUCUUUACACUAUGUCUGGACGCUACGCUCGCCCUCCUAACAGUUCUCUUUUUAUAAGAAACGUACAUCCAGAUACCAGACCUGAAGAUCUACGAAGAAUUUUUGGGAAAUAUGGCCGAAUUCAAGAUGUUUACAUACCUUGUGAUUACUACACUAAAAAAGUGCGCGGAUUUGCCUAUGUGCAAUUUGAAGAUAUCCGUGAUGCAGAGGAUGCCUUGUAUUACCUGGAUAGAGUUCUUGUGCUUGGUCGUGAAUUAGAAGUGCAAUUUGCGGAAGGAGACCGAAAAACUCCCAACCAAAUGAGAUCUAGAGAAUCAGGUUUUGGUUAUGACAGGAGGUCAAGAAGUCGAAGUCCAAGACGAAGAUCGCGAAGUCGAAGCCCAAGACGAAGCAGAAGAAGAAGAUCAUAUUCCCACUCAAGAUCUCGCAGUGUAGAAAAAAGACAAAAAAGGAGAUCGUCAGAAAGGCGUAGUCCUGAAAAUCAUAGGUCAAGAAGUCAAAGUAGAAGUCCAUCAAGAUCACCAGAUAGAGGUCAACAUGAUGAACAAGGUGGUAGUCCUAGAAAAUCUCCUGAAUGAAACUACCUAUGUUGGCUUUAUUAACUAUGUUCUACUUGCUUCACUGGCUCUUGCGAAAUAGUUGUAAUUCUUUGGCAUACUUUAGCAUUAAAUAUCUUAAUUUGCUUAUGAUAAUAUGCUCUUUUUAAAAAUUGUGUAUUUGUUCUCUAAUUUUGUGACAUGGUAUCAGUAAUUUGUUAUUUACUAUUUAGUGUAUUUGUGUUUUGUUGGGAUAUUUGUAUAUUUCAAUGAAUGUCAUUAGUUUGGAGUUUGGAAUGUCAAUUCAUAAAAAUAGACCUCAAAACAGCCAA